AUGUUGCCCGAGCAAGGUGCGACUGUCUCGGAUUCGAGUAGGGUUCCCCCUAGCGAAAAGAGAGAGGCCGAUGUCCAAGCCACGUCGUCUGGCAGUGAACCUCCCCACGAUCCUCAUGUGGUAGACGUACGCGACACCGAUGACACAACGUAUUUCUACAACACAAACAAGGACAAGGUUCGGCCUUUGACUGCAGAGGCCGAGGGAAGACUGGUCCGCAAGAACUUCUGGUGUCUACUGAGCCAAACAUGGUGGAUCUCCUUCCUUAUUCACCUUGACAAGUCGACCCUGUCCCAGGCUAGCACUAUGGGCAUCUUCAAAGAUGUCCAGAUGUCCAAAAACGAGUACAACGAUCUAUUUGUCCUAUUCUAUGCAGGAUACCUUGUCGCUCUUUGGCCAGGUGCUUGGAUAUCGCAACGUGUUGGACACAAGUACUUUAUUACGGGGUCAUUGUUCCUCUGGGCCUUGUUACUUGGAGUCCACCCUGCAGUCAAAACCGGUAAACAGAUGAUGGCUGUGCGGUUUCUACUUGGAAUGACCGAGUCCCAGAUUGUUCCCUCAACCGCCGUGCUUCAUCAAGCGUUUUUCCCUCCGAAGAAGAGUCCAUGGGUGCAGCUCCUAUGGUGGGCAUUCGGAAGCAUGGCAAAUGUGAUGUUGACAAUGAUUGCCUACAAACUCAUCGUUGAUGACAAUGCGGGAGUCCUGGCUGGGAGUAUCAACUCAUGGAAAUGGCUUCAUAUAAUCUGUGCUGUUUUGACCUUCGCCAUCUUCAUUCCUCUCGUGAUAUUUUUGCCAAACUCGCCACUCGAUGCUAAAUGGCUUUCCACCGAAGAGAAGGUCCACACGAUCCAACUCAUUCGCGAGACUCACGCUGGAGUCACAAAUUCGACAUUCAAGUGGUCGCAGGUGCGGGAAUCUUUUACUGACUUUAAGAGUUGGCUAUUCAUCUUGCACAUGUUCUUCAAUGAGCUCCCUAACAACACAUCCCAACAGCUCCCGCUUAUCGUCGUCGGGUUUGGCUUCACUCCAGCCGAGAGUGCCUUAUUCAAUAUUAUAAAGCCAAUUUGGGGAUUCAUUUUGAUUAUCGGAUCCGCGCUCCUGCUUUAUAGUACACGGCUCGGUACAGGGUAUACGUGUGCUAUAUCCUAUAUUCCUUGCUUUGUUGGCGGCAUCAUUGAGCUGGCAUCUCCAUGGUCAAACAAAGUGGCCCUGGUAGUUGGUACCCAAAUAUCUACAUUCAAGCCAUCUUACCUUCUCGGUCUCAGUUGGGCUGGAACGACAACAACCGGGCACACAAAGAAGCUCUGCCUAAUGACUUCUUGUAUUGUCGCUGCUUCUGUUGCAAACAUGAUAUCCCCCGAAUUCUGGCAAUCAAAAUACAAACCUCGUUAUGUCUUACCCUGGGCCUUCAUGACUGCAUUCUGGUUGAUCUCACCUGCGAUGUGCAUUCUCAUUCGAUUUUACCUACAACGGGAAAACAGACGCCGAGAGCGACUUCUCGCUGAAUCCGAUACGGAUUCUGACAAAGAUGAAGUGAUUGAUACUGGCGGCCAGAUCGUCCACAUUGGUGAUCGUGAUCUUGAUAAGACUGAUCGGGAAAAUUUGAAGUUUAUGUAUCCCCUGUAA